ACCAGCUUCCUCGCCUGGGCGCCUGCCCAAGCUCGGUCUGUCACAGGUUGCCCGGCAGCCCCGAUCCGCGGCCCGCAGCCGAGCGACACCAAGCGCCCGCCAACAGGCCGCCCCGGGCCAUCUCGCCUCGACGCAGCGGCACGCAAGGCUCCUGCGCGAGCUCGGCAGCCAGGACCAUGGUCGGCCCGCCGCGCGGAACGAACGCGCCAGAUUACGGCAGCGUCGGGGCGGCGACCCCCACCGACGAGGAGCUUUUGCCGCUGCCCGCGAAGCUGCGGCGACGAACGACGCGCGCGGCGGCCGCGGCCGCGGCCUGCCUCGCCGUCGCGGGCACGGUCGCGAUCGCGCGGCAGACGCGCCCCACCAAAAACGACGCGUCGCUCUUUGCGAGGCCCGGCCCGCGCGGCAAGACGGAACGCGCGCCGCCCGACGGCGUCGUCAAGCACACGUACGCGACGAGCGACGUCGACGCCGCCAUCAAGGCGUUCGGGUCUCUGCCCGUCGCGCUGGCGCCCUGGGGCGGCGACGCCGGAUGCUCCGUCGCGGUGCCCGGGGACGUCCUGAAAAAACUCGGCGGGGCGCCCGUCGACUGCGUCGCGUACGCGCUCGCUGCGCACAGUUUUCCGGAGACGUACGAGCUGGCGCCGUGCGAGUGCGAGUGCGGGGCCGUUGGCAGGGUCCAACUGCUGACGGCAGACGACCUGGCCGGCGUCGGCUCUUUCGCCGAGGGCUUCGGCCUGCACCACGUCGACGCGAGGGAUAGGAGCGCGGGCGAUGGCAAGAGUGUCGCCGAGGUCGAGGCCGCCUUCCGCAAGGCCUAUGGCGGUUUUCAGAAGUGGGACCCGCUCAUGGACAUGAACGUGAAGCUGUACUCGAGCGACCUGAGGGAAUACAUGAGCACCUACUUCAAGAACGAACAGCCCUACUUCCUGUGGCUCUGGACCGACGCGUUCGGUCGAAGUUUCGCUUCGGUCGCCUUCGCGCAGGGCACCACGGCCGGCGCGGUCGUCGAGGUCUUCUCGGACGCGUUCGACGAGGCGGCACUCAGAGCGGGCGCCGCCGGCGUCGCGGCCGCGGCAUAUCCGCGCUACGCCUUUCGCGACGGAACCACGGCGCCCGCUGCCCACUUUGGUGCCUCGUCGGGCGGUGUGCUCUACGCGGCGGCGGUGUCGCACUUUGUGUCCGACCUGGCCGCCGCGUCGUCGUUUUACCAAGACGUGCUGGUUGCAGAGGAGAUCGCCUCGUACAGGGGCCCUAAAUCGCGCAUGGCGGCCUUUGGCUUCGGCCCGCACGGCGUCGACGACACGGUCCAGGUGCUGCUCGUGGAGAGCCACGCGGAGGGCGGACCCUUCUCCGUCCGCGACUUCGAGACGACGCUCAACGAGGCCCACGCGGCGACGCUGCGCAGCGCCUACGACGGCGAGAACCAGUGGUUGGAUUUCCACUACGCUAUCUCGGGCACGCGCCUCGCCAUGGCCGAGCUCCUCGACCGCGCGACGAAGCGCGGCGCGACCGUGCACUUUGCGGCCGAGGCCAUCGCCGCGACCAACGGAAACGGCGACGACGAGGCAAACCUCUACGUCGUCACGCCCAACGGCGUCUCCGUCCAGAUCGUCGCGCCCGACGGCACCGGCUGGGUCCCCGACGGUAUCGUCCAGAACGUCGCCGGCGACCUCUGCGCGGCCGGCUAGGCGCGGAUGGACGCUUCCUGUCU